UAAGACGUGAAAUCGGUCAUGAGUCAGAAGCUGUAAAUGCCGUAGCCUUCGGCGAGUGUUUUGCCCAGCGCGUGGGGGAGAAAGAUAGAGCCCACACAAGUGUCUGUGUGAGAAAGAGACACAGAUAAAGAGAGACACCGGCGGUUGCUGACGGAGAAUUUGUUGAACACUUUUAGUGAAACUGAAGCUCGUAUGACUGACUACAAACACACACAUCACGCUGCGCUGCUUUGCUGGAGCUGGCAACACGGACGCUUUUAUCCUGAUUAAGUAACGUCCGGACAAGAGCUACAGUACAGACAGUCCUCCAGCCCCUCACAGCCGGCAUUUGUGCAAGAAGUCAAGGGCAAUCGAACGAUAAAGGGACUUCAGCCGGUUGACUGUUUAUUUAGAAGUGCUGUCGAGCAGAAAUGAAAAAUCUCCUUCCUGGAAAAGAGCUCGUGACGGAUCACACAGCACCGCAAUGCGAAUGUUGAGCGAAGAGACGCUUAAACCAACACAACUGUAUUUAACAUGGGCGAAAAUAGAGGAAUUAGCCGGCACACAAACCGCUGAAUCGUGAGACGUGCUCUCUGUUCCCGUUCUGAGAUAAAACACCGCAGUGAGACUGCACGAAACGGCUGAUUUUGAGAUCGUCUGCUAUUCUACGGCGCAUCUUCAUACGAGACAGCACGCGAUAAUCUGCCCGAUGAAUUAUGCAAGGCGGAGCAUUAAUAAAACACUGAGGAGAGAAGCUCGUUUUCAGAGACCGGCCGGUGCGCGACGGUGUCCCACAUGACCUACUUUCGAAAGCUUUAAUGCAGAAGAGAUGCAGUCGCAGUGAGAAGCGAACGAGACCUUCAGCACAGAAAAACAAGCUCACUGUUUGCUCAUAUGUGUGCACGAAGUCGUGUGAACCUCAGGUGACAUGAACGACUUGGAAGACUUGAACAGUGUAGAGGAGCAUGCUCGGUGAUUGUUUUUUAAUCGUUCAUAGUUUUUAAACGAAAAGACUUGAGCUAACGGAAAAAGAGAACCUGGAGCCGUUGACCUUUGCACUUGCAACACCAGGACUAUUCAUUUCUGCUAAAUCCACAGUCAUUUCAGCACAUGCUGUUUGGAUUUGUAUUGAGCCAUGGUAUUUGCCUUUGCCUGCUGAAAUCUGCACAUGACCUCCAUAAAUGAUUCUAAAGGAUUACUAAAAUGACAGUUUUGCCUCUGUGAUGUCAUACAGUUUGACAGUCAAGCGUUCUGUAAGCAAUACUAGUUAUUUAAUUACUGCCUUCAAUUUCGUAGUGCUAGCUAUGUGUGUGAUCAGUUUAAAAAUCUAAUUCAACAAUGAUUCUAAGCUCAGGAGAUAUUUUUAUUGCUCAUCAGUGAAUUCGUCUUUUGGUGGGUCAAAUCAUGUGUUCACUUCCAUUACUACGUCACACUGAUGUUCCACCAAGAGUGACUGAGAACUUCAUUCUGUCUGGUUAUCGUUUCCCCAACUACAGUCUGCGGCAGUGCCUAGCCUCUGCUUUUCGUCCCACCAAUGAGACCGGAAACUUCUGGACACAUUUCCUCCCCAUUUUUGUGUUUGCCUUUCACUCUGUGGAGGUUUUCACGUGGGAAGGAGCGCCUGAACCUAGCAAUCCUUUUUUCUACCCUUUCUGGAACUACUUUCUGGGAGUGUUGUACCUGCUGCUAGCCAGCAGCCUGGCUCAUCUUCUCAACUCCAUGUCCCUCAUCAUUCGUGAAAUCUGUUUCUUUGUGGACUAUGGCACUAUUAGUGCGUAUACAGUGGGUUCCUCACUGGCAUAUUACUACUACAUCCAUCCUCAAGCAGGAAUACCAGAGAUUGAAUUCAGGGAACUGAACUCUACUCAAAGGAAGAGCCUAAACGCCGAUGAUGAGGCUUGGCCCUCUGCAUCUUCUCCCACUCACUUCCAGCUGUUCUUUGAAAGCCUCUACAUCCCAUCCUCCUGUCUGGUCGCUAUCAUAUGCAUCAUCACCUGCUGUAACACCAGACAGUGCUGGCGGAAGUACCGCUAUGCUGUCCGCACCCUUGUCUUCCUCCUUCCGUUUUUCAUCUCCUCCACUCCCAUCUUCUACCGCCUCUCCGUGAGCUCGCCGUCAUCCUCCUCCCCUCAUCUGUUCUCCACCAUGGCUGUCUUCUUCUACCGCCAUUGCUUUUGGCUGGUGGUGUCUGCCCUCUUCAAUAUCAGCAAGAUCCCAGAACGUCUUUCUCCAGGGAAUUUUGAUAUCUGGGGUCACAGCCAUCAGUGGUUCCAUUGCUGCACCUUCCUGUCGAUCCUGGAUGAGAUGCAAAUGAUCAAAGUAGAGAUGCAGGCUGUGCUUCUCAACCCAACUUUGGUACUAUCACCUGCAAUGCCACCUAAGCUCCCUGGACCAACACUCUGGUCCACCUAUGGGGUCAUGUUGCUCCUGCAGGGGUGCAUAGCAUGCAUUAUAGCCCGUUUUGGUUGGCGGGCGUAUCACAUCUACGCACCAGAGCAAAAAAAGCUAAAGGGACAUUAGGAGAGACGCUGUGUACUGGUCAGGUUUAAAGUUCUUGUUUUGGAUUUUCAUUUUUGAACAAUGUUUAAAUGAUUUCUGCAGUAUGAACUCGUUUCAAUCAUUUUAAAAGGGAUCACUCACCCAAAAAUGAGAAUUGUGAUUAUUAACUCACCCUCAUGUUGUCUAAAACUCAUAUGGCUUUCUUUCUUUUGCAAAGCACAAGAUAAUUGAUUUUUUUUUAAUGGGACCCAAAACUUUCAUGCUCUAACAAGGACGUAAAGGUAACACGAAAUGAAUCCAUAUGACUACUGGUAUAUUCAGAGUCGAGAUCAUAUUUGAACCUUUUUGCAUUCCAUGUAGUAAAGAAUGUUUUGUAAUGAAAUGAGGGUGGGUAAAUGAGGACAGAUUCAAUUUUUGAGGUGAACUAUACCUUUUGAUAUGGCCACUGAAAAGUGCUCAGUAGGCAUUCUUUGCAAAAAUCGUAAAUGUUUUAGCAGGUUUCAUUGUAAGGACUUUGGAGGGAGGCUGUUUUUUAGCUGUCGGGUGGUCAAAGUCCUUGCUGCUCUGUAAUCAGGAAGCUGACUCAUUUGCUCUCCAGGGUCUCUAUUUAUGAAUGUACCUUUUGGUUUCCAGAAAGUUCUCAUAAUUUUCACUCAAGAAGGUUUUAAAAUGACGCAUUAUUGAGCUUUUACUAGACACCUUAUAUAGUAACACUCUUCAUCUUUGAAAUAGUCUUUCUUAGCCUAUCUGUCUAUCGCUGUCUGUCUUUUUCUUCUCAUCCGCCCACUCACAUUUCCUCCUUCUUUAAAACAAACCCUUUAAACAGGAAGUGCACACAAACACAAAUAGCUUCAGCCAAAUUGUUUGAAGCAAAGGGAAAUGAGAGGGGCGGAGUUUACAUCACUGCAGCGAUAAACUACACCCUUCACUGUUUAAUGAACCUUACAUUUCACUCUAUACUAUCAAUAUUUUCAAUUAUAGACCUUAAUUAAGUUGUGUGGCAGCACAGGUAGUAACCGUAGAUUUCAGUUGAAAUGCUUUAUCAUGAUCUACUGUAACUAUGCAUUGCUUUUGAUUGUAUAUGCUUCUUUAUGACUUGACAUUUGGUUGAAGGCCUUGGUGGUUAGACUGAAAGGAGAAAAACAAAGCCAUAUUGUUGAAAAACAUAUCAACAAGUACUGUUUUUACUGUAAAGGCCAGUUUUGAAGACACAGGUUAACUGUAGUCAUGGGCUACACAAAAAUGUCUGUGGUAAAUUAAUAACUUCGAUCAGGUGCCGGUCUAGAAAGUGCUACUAGUUGGCUGUAUUCAGCUUUAUUGGACUGUUUACAGCCAUGAGUUGUCACUGGUCUUUCUGGGUAGUUGAACUUUCUUUCAUCCAAUCAGAUUCUUUCAGUAAAUGGUGCUCUUAUCAGAGAGUGUGUUAAGUGCUUUAGUGAAACACCUGUUGACAAAACAUACAGGUUAUUUAGUCUGAGAGUUUGGCGUGGUUUAACAAUAUUUGUGAAUUUCAGUGUGAACACGUCUUUUUGUUGCUGUGAAUGACAAAUUGAGAUAAUUGUUGAAUCAGAUAUUGUGGCUGUCAAAAAAGAUGUUAUGUCUCUGUUGUUCUGUCCUCCAAUUUCAAAGUCAAGCAGGCCGAAUAGUUGCAAUAGGUGUGAGGAUAUCUUAUAGCAUUUUCUUUUUUUCAGUUUUAAAUAUAUUUCAUCAUUUACAGGGAUUCAUUUGUUAUUCAUUAAUAACUUGAGUUGUAAAGCCUCGGUCUGUAUCCAGUUUUGAGAUAAAUAAUUUGUUACAUUGCACUGUGUUGCACACGUCUAGACAGAAUUAUUAUUUGCACAUAAAUUACCAUAAUGUUUCUGCACUAGUCUGUGAUCUUGACAGGGACCCACAUCUUAUCCAGCUUUAAUAGAUUAGGCUGGGUUGUCUACAAAACCGGACAACUCUUUAGAACCGGAAGGUUUCAGCAAUUUUGACAAGAGCAUUGUUGGGCUGCUUGCGACAUUUGUUUGCCAUUGUGCAGGUCUGACAACUUUGUGCGGUCGUAUUGCUCACCUUAUGCUAAGACCUCACACCUGUAAUAAGAUGUAUAUAGUUAUACUCUACAAAUCAAAUGUACAAGAGACUAAACCUCUAUAAAAUAUGUUCGCUCUGGAGAAAACACCAAAAUAUGAAUAUUUAAAAACUCUGUUUGAAACAGCUUGAUUAGAAAUUCUAGUUCUAGAACAGUUUGUCUAGAACAGUUUUAGUUCUCAGGGGAGAAGACAGAUUCAUAAUCUUAAUGCACUGGAAACUAUGCUGUAGUGCGAGAUUAUAAUCAUGGUUUACUUGAGUAGAACAUGCUAAUAUAUCUUACUUAUUAGGAUAUAGGCUUGAAUAUGAAACAAGAAGACUUGUCAGUUUAGUGGAUAUUAAUAUAUAAGAGUUAUUGUACUGCUUCUAUUUCUAUGUAUUUCAUCUAAUAGAUCAACCAUUCAACUAGAUCAAUAAAUUUAAAUGAUAAAUCA